AGCACUGUUUUUAAGAAAAUGUACAUUUUUUGCCAAGUAUAUUGAAGUCAAAAUCUGUAUUAUCUUUUAACCAACAAAUUGACAUAUUAAAUGACUUUUUAUCAUUCCCACAACUAAUGACUGUUUAAAACAGACUGAUUAAAUCAACAAAUCUGUUAAAUCUGCAGAGCAUUAGAUCAGCCUUCUGAAUUUAUUUUCCCUUCCAGUAACACACCCUGAACUUCCAGUUCUGCUCCUGUUCAGCAAACCAAUUAAAGGGGAAGAAAUAUUUAGAGCGACAUGUGUGAGGGUGGAAGCAUUAUUUAACUGUGUCAUAUUCAUAUCAACACCAUUUCUGAGCAGCAUUUGAUUUCACGUCUCGUGGAUCAUAUUGCCGCAAUUCAAUUCCUGAAGGCCAGGACCUGCAGAAUCCAACUGAAACCCACCUUGGCCCUGUCUGCACUUUCCAAAUAUAUGCCUCCCUAAAGUAAAUAUAAUCCAGUCUGCAUCUACACAGAAGAAGCCACUACCUGCUUAGCUGCUGCAUGACGCAGUUGGAUGCUCGGUUAACAGCUUAGAACCUCAGAGAUCUUUUUGUUCUCGUUCCCGAUCUGACCUCUCACAGCCAUGGGCGACUGGAACUUGCUGGGGAAGCUUCUUGAGAAGGCUCAGGAGCAUUCCACCGUGGUGGGGAAAGUGUGGCUCACCGUUCUGUUCAUCUUCCGCAUCCUGGUCCUGAGCACUGCAACGGAUAAAGUGUGGGGCGACGAGCAGUCCGGCUUCGUCUGCGACACCAAGCAGCCUGGUUGUGAGAAUGUGUGCUAUGACAUAACUUUCCCCAUCUCCCAUGUCCGCUUCUGGGUCCUGCAGAUCAUCUUUGUCUCAACACCGACUUUGAUCUACUUGGGACACAUUGUCCACCUGGUACGUAUGGAGGAGAAGCACAAAGAGAGGGAGCAUCUGUUGGACCAACAGGGCCUCAUCGGUGCUGCUAAGCCCAACAAACCUCCCAUAAGGGAUGAAAAAGGACGGGUGCGACUGCAGGGGGAGCUCUUGCGCACCUAUGUCUUCAACGUGAUCUUUAAGACGCUCUUUGAGGUUGGCUUCAUCGUAGCCCAGUACCUCCUGUAUGGCUUUGAGUUGAAACCCAUGUAUAAGUGUGACAGGCCACCAUGUACCAAUGUGGUCAACUGCUACAUAUCCCGCCCCACAGAGAAAACCAUCUUCAUCAUCUUCAUGCUCGGAGUUGCUAGCUUGUCGCUGCUCCUCAACCUUGUAGAGAUCUAUCAUUUGGGCUUCACCAAGUGCCGCCAAGGCAUUACCUUCAGGAGGAGGCAGGAAGUCGCUAAAAGUGUUUCCAAGCAAACAAACGAGGCCGUGGUCCCAAUUGUGCCAAGCUAUGAUGACUAUUUUUCAGGGCACUGUCAAGUGCAGCCAGCUUUCCCACCCAUCCCCAGCUACGACCUUUCACCUCUCUCCAAAAGCACAGAUUCGUCAUUCCACCCCUACCACAGCAAGGCAGCCUACAAACAGAACAAAGACAACUUGGCGGUGGAAAGGGGGAACAGCAAGCAAGAGGAGUGUGACCUCAAAGAAAAGAAGGGAGCAGGAUCAGCGCCUGGAUCCCCUACGCAGCCUCGGCCCGGCUAUUCCACCAAACGCAGCAGCAGCAAGACCAGAAUAGACGAUCUGAAGAUAUGAGGAGGUUUAUGUUUCCCAAAGCGUUCUCUAAGUGCUACGACAGGAUCGUAUGUUCUUCGGAGGCCGCCACACAUGAUGAACCCACACGCAAUCUUUAGACAGCUCCAUUUGAAUCAUUCAAGUGCUGAUGGAGAUGACACUUCAGAGAAGGUCUAAGUUCGCUGACUGAGAGGAUGAAGCAAAACCAAUUCAAAUAUUGAAAUAUUCGUUUUCCGAUGUCUGGUUUUACGAAAAAGAGGAGAAACUCAGAGUGUUUCACUUUAGAUUCUAGCAAAUUUGUUUAUGACAACGCAUCAUUUUCAGUAAAUGUUUAUAAGGUUUUCUAAGCUCUUUGGACUUAUUUGAUAUAACUUUUUUUUUUCAUUUUUCCUAAGAGCAGUCAACCUAGAUUAAAAUAAUCUGUUAAAGAUGAGUCACUAUGAAAUAGGGUAAGUCCAUUGAACUGAACUGUCGUUCAUUGUCACUAAACUUGAAGAGUUGUGCAAUACUUGAUAACACACUGGACAUAGGAAUUUUUAUUUCUUGCACUGGACAUUUUUGCUGUCUUUCUUUUUUGUUUUGUUAUAAAUGCCUAUAAAUGAAUGACUGGAUGUACGCCUUUUUCUUGUUUAUCAUAACGUACAUGUGUGUUUGUUUCCUGUACAGCACUUGGUGACAGCUAUGUUUGUGAAACUGCCCGAAAUAAACCUGUCUUAAAUUUG